ACAUGAAUAAAUAAACUGUUUAAUUGUGUGUGCAACUUUUUCGGGUUAAAAACAAUUUUAUCUAUAAGUAUAAUAUAAUUCACGAAACGUUAUCGACGAAUUCCAAUCUGUAGAAAAUACUAAAUAUGCCUUCAUAAAAACUAUAUUCAAAUUCUUAAUACUAUCCCGCAGGCCUGAUCGUUUUGUUUUCAACGAACACUAAAUUAUCAUUUGAUUUAAACUACAUUUAUGGUUUGCAUUAAUGAUUUCGAGUUUAAAAUGUUUAAAUUACUUUUCUUUAAUGCGUGUGUACUCGUUAAAAGCGAUUAGCAUACCUUUCUUAAAAUCAAAUAGAUAUUUAAUGUCUAAGACUAUAUAUCGCCAAGACAAAUGUGUCGUGACCAUAUUUAAUAAUAUAGUACACCUUAAUACGCCUAUUCCAUUACACGGUACGUUAAUUUAAUAGUGUUGUCGACUGACAUUCGAGAAAUUGAAACGUUAAACAAAAUAUGAAUAUCUCUUAUUGUAUAUUGUUCGUCCAAAAACCAACAAAAUAUUAUAUUCGGAUAACUUUAUUAGGACACCUAACGAAUAAUAUUUUUAGUAAUAACUGUCCGAUAAUAAGCCGAUCCCACGUCUUACCUUGUUGAGCAUUGUGCGUUUACAAUUUGUCAAGGGCACGGUAGGAAUUCGUAUUUUCACAAUCUCCGACGCAACUAUAUAUCUUUAUUAUACGCGUCUACGAUUUUUUUCUUCUUUUAUUACUGUUUAUGGUUUUAAUUAGGUUUUUAUUUUCGAAAAUAACUAAAAACUUUCAUACACCAUUUAAGGACGGUAAAGUUGUUUGAAGGAGUAAAAAAUCACUUUUUUUGGCAUUGGUCCCUUUGCGGUUGACAGGUUAAACUAAAUUUAGCCCGAUUUAUCUUAUACUGCGCUGCUGCACAUGCGAUGACACUUAAAAAAGAUGUAUUUACAUAAAUUGCGCUAUACCGAAGAAGGGGAUAAGGAAACGAAUGGUUUUAUUGCUCUCCUCUAAAUAAACCCUCGCGUGAAGUGUCAUCCGCCGUGCGUAACUUCUCCGCGCCCACCCGUAACCACAAUAAUAGCAUAUGUUAUACGUUAUAAAUUAUAAUAAUUUAUAAUACACGGGUAUUGUAUAAUAUAUGUAUAGUUUUGGAUUUAGUGAUGAUAAAAUGUGUCGUUACUGACAUCUUACUGCAACGGGGUUGUUACAAAAUUCGACUUUGCUCGACGGACGGAUUCUCUGCCGAUUGGAAAUGUUUUCGAAUGCGUUUUAGUGAAAUAAAAUGUAUAAUAUAUAGGUACACACAUAAUAUUGCUAUUUGCUUAUAUGCGUAUACGUUUUGUGAAAGUAAAACAUACAUCGUUGGCAUAUACACGUGCCUAUUGAGUGCUAGGAGGUUUUUCAUGUAUACUCUUAUAUACAUACGUUAUUAUAAAAUUAUUUUUUAUUUGCGUAUUUUUUGUUAACGAAGGUGUUAACGGGGACACACCUGCGGCCGCAACAGCAGCAGCAACAUUAUAUGGUUGCCGUUUCGUCCCGCGUUGUUGCACGCGUCGCGUCAGUUACGCGCGUAUUGCUUAAAACCCGGCCGUACCCAAAAAAUAUAUUAUAAUAAUAUAAUGAAAACCGACGCCCAUUCGCGCAUGCACGAGAAUCAUAAAAUAUAAUAACAACAUAUCAGCAUAAUAUUAUUAUUAUAACAUAUAUAAACACGAUAUAGUAGCGUUGCGCGUGUGUUGUGUGUGUGAACGCUCUAAACCAAAGGCCGGAAGAAAAAACCUGACUACGACGACGAAAAAAUAAUAUGUUCGGCGGUAAAAGACGACGGUUCCUCCUCUGCCGCCGACGCAGUCGUACGCCGCCUCCGCCUCGCGUUCUGAUCGCCGUCCGCGCGGCGCCCGUGGUGCACUUGUGCAGCAGCGACUCGCACCGCCGCCGAAGCGGUCACGAUGUUAGCCGGCGCGCUUGAUCGCGUGCUGCCGGGCCGCCGGUCGCCGUACCUGCACCGGGUGAACGUGGAAAGGCGCCCCAGACUGCCGUCGCAGUCCCGGCCACACAGUUACCACGGCGGCGCGACGGCCGAGUCGCAACGCCGCGACGGUCUGAGGACGAGCGGACGGAAGUUGGCCGCGAAAUUUUGGUCGUCGUGCGGGUCGUCCCGGUCCGCCGCGGUGGUGGGUAGAUGCGUUCCGGAACCGGCGGCCGUGCGAAAGCGGGCGCCGGCCGCCGCCGCGGCCACGACCACCUGCAGCAACGGUGGAUUCUCAAACGUUUCGCACACGUGGCGUUUCAAACGGCUAAGUCAUGGUAGCAGAACGCCGGUGGAGGAACCGUCGGCCAAGUCAACAGAAAUGGCUGAAAGCGGCAGCGGAGCCGCAAUGGCUCCAGCUGCCAAAACGGGAUCAAUCAAAGUGCAUUUACCCAACAAUGGAUUCAAUAUCGUAAAGUUCAUAGAUAACAUCAAUGUCAAGGGUAUCAUAUCUCUAGUCACUGGACGUUUGGCCAAUGGGUGUCCUCAGUAUCAAGGCGUUUACGGAUUGCAGCUGUACCAUCCGUUAUCUGGCGAAGUUCACUGGUUACAUCAGGAUUGCACAAUGUCUGAGAUUUAUAACAAAUAUGACGAACAGUAUCCAAUGUCCGAAUGGAGGUUUGAGCUACGUGUACGAUACUCGCCCGAUGACAUGGAGGACCUUUAUGAACGAGAUCGGUUUACGUAUUUCUUCUAUUAUGAUCAAGUACGGUUCGAUUAUUUGAGAAAAAACGACCCGGCUACCCGAGUGGAUACGGAGAUAGCUGUGCAACUCUGCUGUUUACAAAUAAAAUGCUUUUUCCGGGAAGUUCCUCAAAUGUCGUUGGAAAAGAAAUCUAAUUUGGAGUAUCUGGAACGCGAAAUUGGGCUUAACAAAUUCCUGCCAUAUUAUAUACUGGAAUCAAUGAAACCAAAGAAUUUACGAAAAAUGAUUCAGCAACAGUAUAAAAAACUUUUACAAACGCCAGAAAAAGAAUGUGUGCUACAAUUUCUCAAUCUCGUUUGGACGUUCUACAAGUACGACGAAGAGCAGUUCAAGUGUUCAAUUGGAUCUGGCUGGACAAUACCGGUAGAUCUAGUAAUCGGACCGCGACACGGAAUUUCUUACAUUAACAACCAGGGAUCGGCGCCCACCAAAAUGGCGGAUUUCGCUCACAUCGAAAACAUACAGACACUGGUGUCAGAAUGUGAAACACACCGCAAAACCUUAGUGCAGCUCCAAGUAACCGACUCAGCUGAUCCUCUAGUGCUCAGCUGUUCGACGCUCGAGCACAUGUACAGCCUAGCCAAUCUUAUCGAUGGUUACUGUCAAUUGGCGAGAAAAACGAAUAUUUCGUUGUGGAAUAAAAAAGCUGCCGUAUGGAACCGUUUUCCUUGUCCGUGCGAUUCUAAAGACUCAGGGAAAAUCAAAGCCAAAGUGCCCUCAAGGUUUUCCGACGAUUAUCCUGACGACGGUCCGAUCGAAGAAGAAGGCGAUUACUCGACACUUGCUAAUUGUAAUUACGAGCUGUAUCGCGAUCAGGUUGAAUUGGGUGAAAUCAUUGGAGAAGGUCAAUUUGGCGAUGUGCAUAAAGGAGCAUGUCACAUGCGUUCAACUAAAAAUAAGCCAGGAAACGCUGUAGCAGUGGCCAUAAAAACAUGUAAACCUGAUGCGGAUAUGGCAACUACAGAUAAAUUUUUAGAAGAAGCAUACAUUAUGCAACAGUUUGAUCACCCACACAUAAUACGACUGAUCGGAGUUUGUUGUUCGCCGCCUGUGUGGAUAGUCAUGGAAUUGGCCAAGCUAGGCGAAUUACGGGCAUACUUACAAAACAACCAGGCUCAUUUAGACUUAGCCACUCUUAUCCUAUAUUCGUAUCAACUUUCCACAGCUCUAUCGUAUCUUGAAUCUAAGAAGUUUGUUCACAGAGACAUCGCUGCCAGAAACGUAUUAGUGUCGUCACACCACUGUGUAAAACUGGCCGACUUUGGUUUAUCGCGGUGGGUUCAAGACCAAAGCUACUACAAGGCGUCUAAGGGCAAACUACCAAUUAAGUGGAUGUCACCCGAGUCGAUAAACUUCCGGCGAUUCACCACCGCUAGUGACGUCUGGAUGUUCGGCGUGUGCAUGUGGGAAAUAUUGAUGAUGGGCGUGAAGCCAUUUCAGGGGAUCAAGAACAACGACGUGAUCGGCAAAAUCGAAAAUGGCGAGCGGCUAGCGUUGCCGCCCAAGUGUCCCCCGAGGCUGUACAGUCUCAUGUCACAAUGCUGGUCGUUCGAGCCCAGUAAGAGGCCCACGUUCAGAGACGUAAAGGAAGUGCUAAAUGAGAUAUUGAUCGAAGAGAGACACCAGCAGAAGGAAACGCUUCGGAGGGAAAACCGCAGGGUGCACACUCUGUCUUGGGGAUCCAGCGGCUCUCUGGACGACCCGUCGGCACCACCCAAACCUUCCCGUCAACCGAGCGUGGACCUGCACAACAACAAGUCCGCGGAGCUACCCGUGUCCACGUACAUAGUUGCCCAGAACGCCGAAGUGCUCGCUCACCUGUUGAAGGAGAACGAGCAGCGAGGCGUCGUCAACCCGUCCGUGUACACGACCCCGGCAACCGGAUUCAACACGGUAACCGUAGAUUUCCUUAAUGACGUCGACGACGACAAAACAAUUUCGGCCGGGAACAGUAUACUGAGCAUGGACUCUGUGGGACUUAUCCCGAUGGACGGCGGCGGUGGUGGUUGUGUCGCCGUCCAGCCGUCCACUAACAAGACGUUGCCUAGGAACUUUACUUCGGGAGCGGCUUCGCUACUAACGCUACCGCCGAACUCGGCAGACAAGAGCAGACGAUGUUCAGACGGCAGUCUGGGCACGUGUGCCGCUGCCGCUGCUGCUGCUACAGCGGUGACCGGUGGAGGAAUGAAUAAUGAUGAGGGGGCCAAGCAUUUGGUAAACAACUCUAUCGGUGUAUAUGACAAUGAACCCUUAUCUGAAGUAGAACAGCUAGAACGCAAGCUAAGACAACAACAAAUUGAGUCAGAAAGGGACAACCUAUGGCUGGUCGAAGAAGAGACAAACUUAAAAAAGCGACUAUCUUUAGUAGCCAGUGCAUCAGACAAUGAAUCUAUUGAUGGUAGAUCAUCAUUGACACCUCCUUCUUCUCUAGAUCGAAGCACCAAAACAAAACCUACAGAAGAACGGGUUGUUGUAAUAAAAAAACUCGAACCCACGCCAACAGCCGAUUUGGAUAGAAGCAAUGAUAAAGUAUAUGAGUGUACGACAUUGGUUGUCAAAGCUGUUAUGACCCUUUCACAAGGGGUUCAACAAAAUCAGACUGAUCGAUAUUUGGAACUAGUCAAGGAGGUUGGUCUCCAACUCAGAGCUUUAUUGACAAGUGUUGAUAGCCUGGUACCAUAUUUCCCUCAAAGUGCUCACAAACAGGUGGAAAUGGCACAUAAAGUUCUCAGCAAAGACAUGGCUGAGCUAGUCAAUGCCAUGAAACUUGCUCAAAAUUACUGCCAUACUGCUGUCGAUUAUUUGUACAGCAAGGAAAUGUUGUCUUCAGGCCAUAUUUUAGCUAUGGAUGCUAAAAACUUGUUAGAUGUUGUUGACUCUGUGCGCAUGCAAUAUCCUGAAGUGGAAGCGAUGAUCAGCGGCCAACAGUCUGAAACAGCCAAAGAACAACUCCCUGGCGUAACCGCUUCAUAGUAGUACAUUUUAUAGUAUGCAUUCCUAAUUCAUUACGCAUCUAUUAUACACCAAUUUUAUUGCAAUUAUUUGUUUUUUUUUUUAUACAUAUAUAUAUAUAAUUAAUUGACUGCCUAGUAACUUUAUUAAAAAUUAUUUAUUUUUUUUUACUAAAUUUGUAAAUAGUAUAUUAACGGAAGAUAUUUUAUAGUAUUUUAUUUAUAUCCUCAAAUAGAAUCCAUUAUCGUUGAUGCUAUGUGUAUAUGUAUUAUAUUAUAUACAAUUUAUAAAAUGCUUUUUAUUGCUGUUAAAAUUUGGAAUUAUUAUUUGUUCCUUUUAUAAAUCGUGGGUGCGUAUGUGAAAAAAUUAUUUUGAUCCCAGUCUUACUAGUCAUUAAAUAUUUUGCCCCUAAAUAAUAUUAUAUUAUAUAAUACGUAACUUAUUUCCAAAUAAAUGGAAUCAAUAACCAUAUCUAGUGUGUAAAAAAAUAACUAAGUCUAUUUGUUUUAUUAUUUACUCCGCGUGAUGUGAAUGCAUGUUAAAAUUAUACCAAUUUAUUUUUAUUUUUUUUUUUUUUUGUGUUUUAUCAAACCAAUUGUGUGAGUGUUCUAUUUAAUGGUUGUAAGUAAGAGAACUAAUGGUUUCCGUUUGAAAAAUUCUUCUUAAUCAGUUUUUAAAAAUAUAUUUUCUAUCAUUAAAAAUUAAAAUGUAAUUCUAUUCACAUUUUUCACUUUUAAAUUUUACUCAUUCAUUUCAACAU